CUUGUACUUGUGGUUUGGCCUGGCCGACAAUCACCACGAUCCAAGCACGAGGCACGCACGGGCAACUCGGUAGGCUGCUCUCAUCUGCUGCGGUCUGCUCCGUCUUCAGUCGGACCUCCAAGUCGUGACUGCAGCCAUGUCUACGGCUAUGCAUUCCUUCGACUCCUCGAUGGGCAAGCAGGAGGGCAACCACGCGCGCAAGGAGAGCGCAGCAGCAGCAGCAGCCUCUGCCUCUGCCUCUGCCUCUGCCUCUGCCUCUUUGCACGCCGCUUCAGCUUCCACCAGCACUUUUCGAAGCGCAGAGACGCAAAGCAGCAACGAAGCGGAUAGGCGGCGCAGUCUGACUCCACCACCAAUAAGCUCGCCGCCGUUGCAGCCCGCCACGACGCAUCCGAUUGGCGAGAGCAGCAGCAGCAGCAGCAGCAGCAGCAGCGAUGGCGAUGCGGAUCGCAAUGUUGAUGCACGCGCUAUGCCAACGCCCACGCCCGCGCCCACUCCUCGCGUGCUCGGAUCGCCAAGUCCAGCAGACGCGCCUUCUUCCCCUUCCACAACAACCCCUCUGCCACACUACUACGUCCCAUCCAAGAUUCCCUCGUUGCGGCACGAUGCUGGAGCAGCGCGCAAAGAAGCGCGAGCUUUAACCGGUUGGGGAGCUGUGGGAAACGUUGCGGGAUCGAGGAGCGCCACGCCGACUAUGAUGAGGAUGAUGAGGAUGGAUGAUGUUGCUGAUGCUGCUGCUGCUGGAGAGCGGCGAUUCAGGGCGGCAUCGCCUGUACCGAGUGCGAGCAUGGACGAGAGCAGAUCGCCUUCCAGAGCUUCGCGCGCCGCUUCCACUUGGCAUCCUCUCUCGCACGAGCACGAGCACGAGCACGAGAUGCAAGAGCGCGUCACGCCGACGCCGACGUCGCCCACAACUCCUUCCCGCAACAACGGCCAGCAGAUGGCUUCGCCUUCCAAAUUGCCGUCUGGCAAACGCGGAGCGAAGCGAGGAGCAGGAAGAGCGGCAUGGGGCGAUCAUGUUCAGGCACACGCUAUACUGGGUGCGGGAGUGUACGAGGAGGACGAUGAUGGGGCGGAUUUCGUUGCCGCGGGUAGAGAGUGGGAUGCCAUGUAUGCGCCCGGUGGUCCUGCUUCCGCUCCUGCUCCUGCUCCUCCUCCUCCUCCUCCUCCUCUGCAAUCUCCUCGUAGAAGCGCUGCCAGCAGGCUGUUCCAUCUGGCUCAAGGUUUGAGAAAGAGGACGGGGCAUGCUGCUUCACCAUCCAUUGCGCAACAUCGUGGCACACCGUCCGCUCAUCGUGUCAUCGACGAUCCCGAACAAGCUGCACAGCAGCAGAGCAGUAGUCAUGCGAGUCCCAGCUCCAUCGUUGGGCAAGAUGACUCGUUGGAGAAGGCUCGUGCCGACGACCCAGCAGCUUCCGCUCAUCGUCGUCCGACAUUCCUGCACGCGAGCAGCAGCAGCUUUGCAACGCUGGCGCAGGACGCAUCAGCCAGCAGCGGGGCGGCGAGCGCGUCAGCGAGCACGAGACAGCCGAGUCAGCAGCAGCAGCAGCAUUCAAAUUCUCGGACGGAAUUGUUGGGCACGGAAGCGGCGCAUGCUGCUGCUGCUGAUCGGAAAGAGAGCGGCACUGGACCUGCUGCUGGCCGUUGGAACAGCUUCAAGCGCGCUUUGAUCCUUGCCAACGCCGUGCUCACGGCGUACUCUGUCACGCUUCUCGUCAUGCUCAUCCUGCUGUGGGGUCAAGUAUUUGUCAAUGGCGAUGUCCUCAUCGCCACGAAUCACACGGCCAUGGCGCUCGCAACAGCCGCAAUGUGCUUGAGCUGCGCAACCGCACUCAUAGGCUGGCUCGGCAUCUUCCUCAACAAUCGUCUCUUUCUCACCAUCUACAACUUUCUGUUUUGGCCCAGCCUGGCAUUGAUAGCCGCGCCAGCAUACCUGACGUAUAGGAAGCGCGAAUUCAAUCUCGAGGGCAAACUCAAUCAGCUCUGGUCCAGGCAACUUUCCAACGCCGAGCGUCUGCUCAUUCAGCACGCGUUCGACUGUUGCGGAUACUUUGGACCCUACGUCCUCGCUGCUGCCGAUGGUCAACGCUGCUUCUCUAGGAGCCUCAAGGACGGUUGCAAAGCUUCCUUGUUGCGAUUCGAGAGGGACGCUUUGCAUACGAUCUACUCGAUCGCUUUCGCCAUCGGUGGCGUUCACAUCCUGAUCAUCACCGCCGCAAUCCUCUGCGCGGACCAUGUGACCUACAUGUUCGGCAAAGGCAUCACCCCCUUGCAGUCAUAUCCUACCCACGAAUCGCUCCAUGUCGCACCGUCUAGCCGAUCACGUGCUCGGCGACGUCCAUUUUUUCCACUUGUCCUCAGAGCGCCGCUCCGUCCUUUUGGCAAAUGAAAAAGACGCGCGCACGACAUUGGAGCACACGGCCUGUCUGUUGCACGUACACGAGAGGGCUAUGUGAGUUCUCUCUGAUGG